UAUACAAUAUCAGUAAAAUAACCACACAAGUAAUGCAUAUUUGUUUAUUAGUUCACUUGAUCAAAGAGAAUUAUCGACCUAGCUGUUCUUCAAGUGGUUUAUGUUUAUCAUCUCAGCGUCUUUUGUAAAUUAAGAUAAAAUUACAAAUCUUAUGGUAAACAAUUUGCAUAUGGGAUGUGAUUUGCCUUACAUGGUAAAAUAUAAUCCGAAAUUCCAAGGAUGCACACAACUAAAAUGUCAGGAUUAGGUGUCACAUGUUUUUAUCUAUAUGUAGUCUGUCUUGUACAGAUGACCGAAGGUGACGCGUUCAUAUCCAUCAGGUUCGUGACCUUUCAUAACCCCAGAGGACUGGGCAGUAAUGGUCACUGUUGUGAGGGGAAGUGGGGCAUUUGUCUGAGCGCUUGUGAUCACAGCUUUGAGAUUUGUUUGGAUCAGAUGGACGGCACAAUAGCUAACUAUAAAAGCUGCGCCUUCGGAUCGACGAAUUCUGGAGAAAUCAGCGACAAAAACGACAUCACGUUUGGAAGCAAAAUUGGACGUCUGGCCAAUCCUAUCGUCUGGAAACUUGGUCUUUGGCCGGGCAGUGUUCUGCUCAAGAUCAACGUGGUGGACGUCGAUGACUCAAAUAACAACGAUCACGUGGCCUAUCUCAAUAGGCAGCUCAGUAUACAACCCUUGGCCAACCACCAGGAAACAAAAUUCUGGCUGACGAACCGUGUUAGAUACAACCAACAUGACAUUAUUUCGGCCGGGGACUUUAAUUUCGUGGAAGACAAAUUAGACAUUGCAGGACCAAAAAUGACAUAA